AUCAGUCCUUUGGAAAGCUCGGGAUAGGGUUAGGGUGGUUCAUUUCUUCCUCCACUGAACUUCAGGGCAAACGAGCUGAAGCUGCAGAUAUCUUAAAACUUCCAGCGCAGCUGUCAGUUUUAGGGGUGGAGGAGACCCCCACACCCUCACAGUAUCUUUCUUUUAAGGGGGAAGGUUUGUCUUUCUGAAUUUGACCACCAGCAGCAGGCUAGUUUUGCACAACCUAUUGGACUCUGGAAAGAGCGGUUCCCCCUGUAUGUGCAAACUGUGCACCCGGAUUGUAGUGCUGAGGGAGGCGGGAGUUUGUACCCUAUGCGUGUGACUGGCGCGGUGGCUGACACUGAUAUUUGAUGGAGCUUGGUUAGGAACUUGAAUAAUCACGUAUUUUUUUUCUUUCCCGGUAUUUAACUGUACUUAGACUGUGGCGGUUUAGAGGCUGCACUGGAAGAGCUUUGACUGAGUGCACACACAUUGCCAAGUGCGCGCCUGGGGGCCGCGGGCUCUGCGGACUGAGAAGUUGCCGGAGGGAAAGAGAGAGCUUUAAGUCAUGUGGAGGGAAUUACCUUGCGCGGGGUGAUGCUGUGCUAGCCGGAACCACCAGGGGGCGCGUGAGUCGGGUUCUCAGCCCAGCAUCUGCCUCCAGCGCAAGACGCCCGGGCUGCUCAGAAGGUGGACCUCUCUCCUCGUGUGAAGCUGCUGUUUCCCAGCGCCACACCUCCCACCUCGCCUGGCCGCGGCCAUCGGUGCUCCAACCACCAGCUUCCCCGAUGCCCUGAGGAUGGAGCCGGCUUUUCCGGAGGGAUCCAGCUCCGGCCCGCAGAGCACCAGCGCCACCUCCCCAAUCUCCUCUCUCUGAGCCAGCCAAGCCCGGGAGCCAGAAUUUAAAGAACAAACAAGGGACGCCCUCACCCCGCUCCACAAGCAUCUGGGACCAGCCCUUUGCAGCCGAUCACUUGCACAGAACAGAGAAUGCAGAAAAUGAGCAACAUCUAUGAAUCGGCAGCAAAUACCCUGGGAAUCUUUAGCAGCCCAUGCCUGACUAAAGUGGAGCUGCGAGUUGCAUGCAAAGGCAUAUCAGACCGGGAUGCCCUUUCCAAGCCAGAUCCCUGUGUCAUCCUGAAAAUGCAGUCACAUGGGCAGUGGUUUGAGGUUGACAGGACAGAAGUGAUUCGAACCUGUAUAAAUCCAAUCUUCUCCAAGUUAUUCACAGUGGACUUCUACUUUGAAGAGGUUCAGCGGCUACGGUUUGAAGUCCAUGACAUUAGCAGCAACCACAAUGGACUGAAAGACGCAGAUUUUCUUGGUGGCAUGGAAUGCACUCUUGGACAAAUAGUUUCACAGAGGAAACUCUCCAAAUCCUUACUGAAACAUGGGAACACAGCAGGGAAAUCAUCCAUAACAGUGAUUGCUGAAGAAUUAUCUGGCAACGAUGACUAUGUUGAACUUUCAUUCAGUGCACGGAAAUUAGAUGACAAGGAUUUUUUCAGCAAAUCUGAUCCAUUUCUGGAGAUUUUCCGGAUGAAUGAUGACGCCACGCAGCAGCUCGUCCACAGGACUGAGGUUGUGAUGAAUAACUUAAAUCCAGCCUGGAAAUCAUUUAAAGUGUCUGUAAAUUCUCUGUGCAGUGGAGAUGAGGAUCGCAGACUAAAGUGCAUAGUUUGGGACUGGGAUUCCAAUGGCAAACAUGACUUCAUUGGAGAAUUUAGUUCAACAUUCAAGGAAAUGCGAGGAGCAAUGGAAGGGAGACAGGUACAGUGGGAGUGCAUAAACCCCAAGUACAAAGCAAAGAAGAAGAGUUACAAGAAUUCAGGCAUUGUCAUUCUUAACCAGUGCAAGAUCCACAAGAUGCAUUCUUUCUUAGAUUACAUCAUGGGUGGAUGCCAAAUACAGUUUACAGUAGCUAUCGAUUUCACAGCAUCAAAUGGAGAUCCCAGGAACAGCUGCUCUCUGCACUACAUCCAUCCGUAUCAGCCUAAUGAGUAUUUGAAGGCAUUGGUUGCUGUUGGGGAGAUUUGCCAAGACUAUGACAGUGAUAAAAUGUUCCCAGCCUUUGGUUUUGGAGCCAGGAUACCACCGGAAUAUAAAGUCUCGCACGACUUUGCAAUCAACUUUAAUGAAGACAACCCAGAAUGUGCAGGGAUACAAGGAGUCGUUGAAGCGUAUCAGAGCUGCCUUCCUAAGCUACAGCUUUAUGGGCCGACAAACAUUGCUCCCAUCAUCCAGAAGGUGGCUAAGUCAGCCUCGGAGGAGACUAACACCAAGGAGGCAUCGCAAUAUUUCAUCUUGCUGAUUCUGACAGACGGCGUGAUCACAGACAUGGCUGACACCCGGGAGGCCAUCGUUCAUGCUUCCCACCUGCCUAUGUCAGUCAUCAUCGUUGGGGUUGGAAACGCUGAUUUCAGCGACAUGCAGAUGCUAGAUGGCGACGACGGGAUUUUGAGGUCCCCCAAAGGCGAGCCUGUUCUUCGAGACAUCGUCCAGUUUGUGCCAUUUAGGAACUUCAAACACGCAUCCCCAGCUGCACUAGCAAAAAGCGUUUUGGCUGAAGUUCCAAAUCAAGUGGUGGACUAUUACAAUGGCAAAGGGAUUAAACCAAAAUGUAUGUCAGAGUACGAGUCUUCCAGGACACUAGCGCCAUGAACUGCCCCGCACACUUUUACAGAGCUCAAAACUGCUACUACUACAACUACAGUACUUUAAAACAAACAACAAAAUAGCACGUUUUGGUGAUUUUUAACUAAAAUAAUUUUUUUUGCAUGUGUAGCCUAAAGGCUUGAAUCUGUUAAGCGGUUGUUAUUGUUGAAAACUUUUUAUGAGAAGAAGGAAACGAACUCUUUACAGCAUGUCGCCUUGAAAUAAAAAGUUAUCUGUAUCUGGUUUUUAUACAGGUUUGUUGAAAUUUUGCUAAAUUUCUUAUUAUCUUUCCACUGUAAAGCAUUUUGAAACAUUUGAGAGUGGAUAGCCAAAAUAUCUUUGGUUUUAUCUGCUACAAAACGAAAGAUUUUUCAAAAUGGCAGAUGCAUGAACUGUAUUUUGCAUGUUUAAAAUAAAAACAACACAGUUUUGCA